AUGGCAUCCAAAUACACAGAACAAAACGCGGACAAGGUCAAGGAAGCCCACUCAACCCUCUACGAUGCCGGUCUAGAAAUGCGCUACAAAGUAGCUGGNAAAGAAUACGUCGACCGCGCUCUCGAAAACGCGACGUCGGAUUUUGCAAAACCCAUGCAAGAGCUAGCUACAGAAGGAGCAUGGGGAGCCAUCUGGACACGACCGGGUCUAGACCUCAAGACCAGAAGUUUGUUGAAUAUAGCAAUGUUGUGUGCUAUGAAUCGUGGCCCUGAGUUGGCUGUGCACACGAGAGGGGCACUUAACAAUGGAGCUUCUGAAGUGGAGAUUCGAGAGGUUAUUUUGCAGGCAGCGGUUUAUGCUGGUAUGCCUGCUGGAAUGGAGGGCACGAAGAUUGCUCAGAAGGUUAUUGAGGAGUGGAAGCAGAAGCAAUAG